AUGUCGAAAAUUUCAGCUCAAUCGGAAUCUUCUAUCGAAAGUUAUCGAAUAGUUAACACACUGUUUACAGUAUUUAUACGCGAUAUCGCAGAUAAGAAGCAACAGUGGUUUCGUUGUCGACAUUUUGGAGAGAAUCUAAUAAUAGCAAUGAUAUUGGCUAAAACAAUAUUUGUGAUUACUAUUUUCGUAGUAAUUUUUUCAAUAUCGAAUGCAGAUUUUCUAUACAAUGUAAGCAAAGUAAAUGGAUUGGGAAGAACUUUAGAUGGUGUUGGUGGGUUGAGUGGAGGUGGUUGUGUUACACGUUUACUUCAAGACUAUGGCAUCAGAUCGUAUAGUGAAAUAAUGGAUUACUUAUUUUUGCCAGGUUUUGGUGCUUCGUUACACAUACUGAAAGUUGAGAUUGGUGGUGACGUACAAUCAACUGAUGGAACAGAGCCGUCUCACAUGCACACAGCUGAUGAUGAAAACUACGAACGAGGCUAUGAAUGGAUGACGAUGGUCGAAGCAAAACGAAGAAAUCCAAACAUCAUCUUAUAUGCUUUAAGUUGGGGAUUUCCUAGUUGGGUCGGUGAAGGAACGAAAUCUCCUUGGACUAAUAGUACUGUCAGAUAUACUAUGAAUUGGCUUUUAGGUGCUAAGAAAUAUUACAGCCUCGAUAUUGAUUAUAUCGGAAUUUGGAAUGAACGUAAUUGGGACAAAGGAUAUACACUUACACUCAAAGCAGCAAUCGCUGCAGCUGGGCUGAAAACAAAGAUUGUCGGUCAUGAUUCAUGGUGGGAUUUUUGUAAGACGUUAGCUAGAGAUCCUGAAUGGUCAGCUGCUGUUGAUGUUAUUGGAGCGCACUAUGUUGGUUCAUCUAUACCACAAGAAUGUGCUGCUCUUAACAAAAUUCAAUGGUCAAGUGAAGAUAUGUCACUUGGUUAUGACACGGGUUCUCUAUGUUGGGCAAGAUCAUUGAAUCAAAAUUAUGUUCGUGCGAAUUUAACUGCAACUAUUGCUUGGGAUUUACUUAAUUCAUUUUACGAUGGAUUACCAUGGAGUGGAGUUGGAAUAUUACGUGCUAAUGAACCAUGGUCAGGACACUAUCAAAUUGGACGACUGUUAUGGGUAACUGCACAUUGGGGACAGUUUACAAAAGUUGGAUGGUCAUUUUUACGACAUGGAUCAGGUGUUGGAUUAUUAGAUAAUGGUGGUAGUUAUGUAUCAUUGACCGAUCCAAAUGGCCAACAAUUGACUAUGAUCAUCGAAACAAUGGACCGUGAUAGUUCACAAUGUGCACAUUCCAGCACAGUAUACUAUACAACAACUAAUCAAACAGCGACUUUCCAACUCGACAAUUCUUUUAGUCACAUUACUCAAUUAUAUGUGUUUUUUACGGAUCUUAAUAUAUUGGACGUAAAUCAAGCUUUCACUUAUAAAGGAAUAAUUACUUUGAAUGAUGGAAAAUUUACACUUCAGUUACCAGUUGGUGUCCUUUAUACUAUUUCAACAAUUAACGGUACAAAAGGUACAUACGAAGCUCCACCUUCUCAACCAUUUCCACUACCGUAUGCUGAUGAUUUUGAUAAAUAUCGAAUAUCCAGUGAAGCAGCAUAUUUUUCUGAUCAAACUGGUUCAUGGGAAAUCGUCGAUACAGCGACUGUCCGUGGCAAAGUUAUGAGGCAGAUGGUACCUGAAACAACUAUUAAUUGGUGUGAUGAAGCACAAUAUCCAUAUUCUAUUAUUGGCAAUUUCACUUGGAAACAACCUUUGAACGUUACUGUAGACGUUAUGAUUGAGAAGAGUGGAACAGCAUUCGUUGCACUAGGUGUUUCACAAGGAGGUUGUGGCACGGGAAGUCGUGGUAUUGUAUUCAGCGUCAACACAACUAACAAAGGAUCUUGGCAGAUAACCGAAACUGGCACUUGGUAUACAUUGACACUUGUCGUUCUACAAGAUCAUUCAAUAGGAUAUAUUAAUGGUAAUGCAGUCGGUCGAUGUGAAUUGAGUGCAUCUAGCUAUUCAGGAUGGGCUGCAAUCGGAUCAUCUUAUGACUACGUUCAAUUUGAUAAUUUUCGUCUACAGUCACCGAACUAUAUACUAUGA